CUGCUCACCAUGGCGUCAGGCAAGGCUACUGGUGACAAGAACGCGAGGCUCUGCUACUCGGAGAAGCGCUACGCAAAGUCCACUGUGAUCAAGCACGGGCAGAAGUUAGUCGGAUGGCCGAGGAAGAUUCCAUUCCAGGACUUCAACAGUGUCCGUGGAGGGAAAGCGACACUGCAGAAGUUGCUCCGCCGCUGGAGGAAGGGAGUGCUGAGGUUCGAGCGC